CUGCAUGAAAGCUCGUGUACGAAUGGAAAGUCUGUGUUGAAAACUUGAACCUCACUCGAUAGGCAUUAGCGUCAGUAAGAACAAUAUAGGUACUAACAAGCUCAUUUUUAGCGUGGAUGUCACCAUAAGUGUGUGUAUCAUGUCUCCGGUUAUAAUUUUAAUGGCCGUAAGCUUUAAUAUGAUAGGUCCUACCUCAUGUACCUACCGCGAGCUACUUCCUACCGAUAUGGAGGAGUGCCACGAGAUGAAGGAAAUAUGCAAAAAUAAGGGAGGAUACAUCAUUGGAGGAGAAUUUGUACUGCCGAUCAUGCGUAUACAUGUACAAGAAGAGAUGGAAGAUUGGGAACGUGAAUGUGGAUGUAGCAUAAGCCCAGAAGUGUAUUCUUAUCUAGAAACUCAUCAUUAUGAUGUCGACGGUUUCCAGUUUUCGGUGUAUGAUGACUUGCCUGGUAUCCGAGAAUGGUUAGAAGAAAACAACAUCAAAUUCUUGCCAGGCAUCAAUAUGGAGAAGUGUCACAAGUUUUGCUACAAGUAUGGAGGAUACAUCAUUGGAGGACUUCAACUACCGACAAUAUAUAUCUUGCAUGGACGGGAAGAUACGAACAAUGGAGUGCCUGAAUGUGAAUGUAGAUUGAACUCAGGCGUGGAAUUUUAUCUAGAGAAUGAAGGUUAUAAUGUCAAUAGUUUCAAGCACUCGGUGUAUGAUGGCUUGCCCGGUAUCCGGAAAUGAUUGAAAGAAAACAAAAUCAAAGUCAGACCGAGGUUCAAAUUUAAAUAUUGAAAGAUUCCGAAUAUUUUCCUUAUAAUCAUCGAAGUCCAUCAAAAAUAUUACUAAAGCAUCUCGACAAGGCAUCUCGGAGAUCGCCAAACAUCGCAUAUGAGAUACGUAGUUGCGGACUUAGACCGUCGAAAUUUAUGUUAUUUGUUGUAGCUUUCUUUGAAUAAUAUUAAUGAUUAAACAGUACUGAAAACGUAAAAUUUCAGAAAAUUCA